AUGUCCACCCCUGCCACUUGGGGUGGCAGGGGCGAGAGGAGGAUCUGGGGGCCCAGGGAAGGGCAGUGGGAGAAAGAUGGUGUUGCUGGAGUCGCAGCUGCCUGCGGAGCGGCCCGGGAGGAAGCGAGGCCGAGCGUGCAGCGUCCACGCGAGCACGAAGGAUGCUACCUCUCCCUCGGCCACAGCCAGUCCUUGGAAGACAGCAGUUUCAACAUGACAACUAAAACCCUUUUCAUCAUUCACAGAUGGACGAUGAGCAGUAUCUUUGAAAACUGGCUGUACAAACUCGUGUCAGCCCUGCAUACAAGAGAGAAAGAGGCCAUUGUAGUUGUGGUUGACUGGCUCCCCCUGGCCCACCAGCUUUACAUGGAUGCCGUCAAUAACACCAGGGUGGUGGGGCACAGCACUGCCAGGAUGCUCCACUGGCUGCAGGUACCGGGGGAUGAGAGGGAGUCUCCUGUCGCCAGCAGGACCUCAAACCCCAAUCCUCUUAAGAAAUACACAUUGUACAUCUGUUGCCAUAAACUUCUGGAGUCCGAUAAAAAUCUUUGGGAUUAAAAGUUUUCUUGAAUUA